AUGGAAGCUCAAUCGACAUUUACAAAUGCUGAGUUCUGUAAGUUGUAACUGCAAAAUGUAAACCAAAAUAUUGAAUAAAUUUUACAAAUUACAACAAUUAAUACUGUCUUCUUGGCAUUCAGUUUGUUAUAGGUGUGUGGAGACGCUCGAUCAUUUCCUCUUUUUUAUAUAUUUAAGGAUUCAUACUUACUUGGCUAUAAAUAAGUAUAAUGAAUGAGAACAAUAUUAUACGUCUGAAAUGUCGAGCGAAAUGCCAUGGUCAGGAAGAUAGUAUAGACAGACUGAGUGACGAAUAGUCAAUGCUUUCAAUUCGUCUAGAUCUGUUUCUGAUUGGUCUCAUUUAGCAUGUAUGCGAAAUUGAUGACUUUUUCUGUGGUUAGUGGUUUCUGAUUAUUCUGAUCCACAGCUUGAACGAAAUUAGAAAUACCUUGAAAACUUAUAUAAUCCUCUUAACUUCGACCGAUUGCUCUAUGAAUCGAUGUUGUAUUAAUAUUUUCAUGCUAAAACACAUAAACUCAUAAAGGGAUGCCAAUUUUCCCCGCCGAGCGAACAUUUCGUGUCAAGUGAAUGGAUAUUGACAGUGUAUGUGCAAAAUGCAUGUACAAAAGUGCAGUGCUGACAGUCGGAGGCGUCAAAAUGUUUUGUGAUUAGUUUAUAAUUUGUACGUGCGCAUCUGACCGCCACCACAAAACGCACGGUUCUUUCCUUUGGAGUUUUUAUACUGAUAUUGUGCGUAACUCCUCAUUUUUUAUUAAGCACGGCUUGCUGUGCGCUUUAGAUUGAUUUAACAGCUGGAGAGCGCGCUGUUGUCCGGGCACUGCAGCAUUCACGACAAAGGCGUCAAACAGCGAGUAAAAUAUACACAGCACACAAUCACUAAAGUAUAUUGCACUGCCGCGUAGCUGAGCCAGAGAAUAUAAGUGAUCAUUGAUCGGACUGAAAAGACGAAGAAAACGGUAUCAUUGAAUUUUCUAGUUAAACAGCAUCUUACAAUGUACCAAAAACCUGUGAUUUAUAGUUUCAAAAAGCAUUAACCGUCAAUAUAUCACCGUACGAAUAUAAAUGAGAAGCGGAGUAUUGACUAUUAGACAAUAAUUAUUUGUUUAAAUUUAGGUACUAUUUAAACCAUAUCUCAAUAUGGUAAAGUUGCAUGGUAGCUAUUACAGUGAUAUAGGUAGUAUGCAUGCAUGUACAACACUUGCAGUGGUUUGACGAAUGCUCAAAUACAGGCGGAAACGAACAAUAUGAUUAAUUACAAUGCAUUGUGUUGACGUAGUAGAUCUUUCUCUUCAAAAUUUAAUGAUUGAGUUAAUAAAUGGCAUAUAUUCAGUAUUAUAUAUGCUACAGUUUGAACUUUGAAGAUUGGAUAUGUAUGUUUGCGCGGGUGUAGAUGUAUAUAAAUGUAUAGCCGCGUAGGAACAUUGAUUAAUGUGUUGACGUAAUAAAUAUUAGUUGUUCAAUUAUUUGUUUAAUAUUGAUGAUUGUCUUAUUGCAAUGACAUAUUUCAAAGCAAUUGCAGAAACAAAGUAAAGAGAGUGUAUACAUAAGAAGUUAUAUAGAAAUUCAUAUGUGCGUUUUGUAUAGACUAAACUUAAAUUAUUAUACGUUUUAAUUAACGGAAGCUUCAGACUCGUCAAUAAUUAUUUUGUCAGAAAGCGGACGCGAUAUACCUUCAUUUAGAUACAAACACAAGCCCAUCUGUAUAACAUUAUAACAUCAUCUAACCACAUGUAUCUAGGCCAACGACUUGGAAGAAUGUACAUUUAUCAACAUUAAAAAAUCUUUUCUUGGAGAACCCCACUCAACUGUUGAAAGAAUUAAUGGAAUGUAUACAAGAGUUUCAAAUAAUCAUCAAAUCUCAUUUAAAUUUAGGCCCGGUGGUCUGACUUGAUGAAGAGGACAACAAGAAAUACAGUAUUAGUUUGAGUGUGAAGUGAUUCGACUCGUUUUGCAGAUUCGUGAUUGUCUGACCUUGUGUUGAACUUUCGCGGGGAAGAUUUUUGAAAGAAAUUAAACCCGAGUGUUGUGUACAGAAGGCUUUGUCUUGUAGCGUUAAUAGAAAGUGUCAACUGUGCAUUGGAGUCUAAAUCACAGUUGUUUUUGGUAAGUGUCACAUAAUAAUGUUGUUUUAGUAAGUCUCUCUUAUGAGCGGAACUUUAAUAGGGACUAAAAUAUGACUAAAAUCCACAUUUCAGUACAUCUGUAUCUGCAUGCGUGGACGUACCUGUGUCUGGUAAGGCAAUAUGCUUCAGCUCUAGCGAGAAAAAAUAAAAAAUCACAUAAAAAUAAUAAUAAUUGUUCUUUAAAAUGCAUUAUACAGAAGUCUCAAUGCUUUUUACAACAAGAACAUAAAAACAGUUAAUCGGUAAAAGCUAUCCUAAAAAAUAUGUUUUCAACUUUGCCUUAAACUCAUCGAUAAUUGAACUCGCUGCUUAAUUAAGAGAGUCAGGAAGAGUUCCCCACGGUUAAGAAUUUUUAGAAUUUGAUGCAUGCAAGUUAAUUUGCCUGUUUUAGGACGGCAGACGUAUAUGAUGACGGCCAUGCAUGUUUGAGGAGGAAAUAGCUUGCAUAUAAUGCAGUAUAUCUAAGAUAAAUAUCGGAAGACUGUGUUUAGGAAUUGACCGACUUUGUCUAUAUCCAGGGCAGAAAAAAGUUAUCCUUUGUUGUCUGAUUGACCCCGCUUGUAAUUUGCUACACUUUUAGCCUGUGUUCAUAUGAUAAACUGAACAUUAGUUACAUUAAUAGACAUUCGAUAGAAUAUACGGAUUUUAUGUUCCUGGAAAGAACAAUAAUUCACACCUUCACUGUAUACGCGCACUCGUGGGUUUAUUGCUCAUGUUACUUCAACAUGCAUACGACUAGUCGUAUACGAUUCUUUACUUUACUUUAAAUGAGCUUUAUUAGCAUGACCCCAAAAAAUUUACAGGUAUUGCUAAAGCAUUUUUUACAAUAACAGUUAAGGAUAUAUAAAAAAAUAAAGUUUUAUCUAAUUACAAUUUUUGAAUUAUAUAUAGGCUAGUGUAUUGAAAAUAUAUCACUGUUAUCACUGUUCGUGAUGUUGUAGUGUUUCAAGAGUUUCUGGCUUCAAUGCAUUCAUUUCGUCUUAUGAAACAACUAUGAAUGAAUUUUGAAAAUUCAUUCUGUAGUAUAGAAUCACUAGAUGACAUGAAGAAUAAAACAUCAUCAUGGCAUUCUAGGUUCAACGCAAAAUUUCUUUGUAUUUUUUCAAUAAAAAUAUUUCUAAUUUGAGCAUUAUUUUUACAUGAAAGGACGAAAUGGUAUUCGUCUUCAAUUUCACCAGAUUCACAAAAUUCGCAAAUUCUUUCCUCACGAGCAAUGUUUCUAAUCCUGUGUGUAAAGAUGUCCCAUUUCAAAUUUCGUCGUUUUCAUACGCCAAUCGUAUACGAUUAGACUAGUCGUAUCGUGUAAAUGGACCUUAAUUAAUAUCCAAAUCUUCUGGCAGUUUUUUAAUUCAUAUAAUUUAUAUAUUGUUUCUACAGAAGAAUGGAUAA